AUGUCGAAAUCUAUGGACAAAAAAGUCCAAUCUAUUAUUAAACAAUGUGAAUCUUUAUCUAUUGACGAUAUUGAAAAACUUUCAAAUUAUAAAAAAUUACAAACUAUUAUUUCAAGAAAAUCUCAAGGCAAAUUUGAUAUUUAUCUUGUACUUGCGAUUGUAUUUGGAAUGCUCAGUUUGAUUACAACAGGUAUAUCACAGUUUGGCACUGAACAUUUUCUUCAUUAUGCAUAUGACAAAAUUUUCUCGAUCGAUAUUUAUCGCGAAGAAUGUCUUGCGCCGAAACUUGAAUCUCUCAUUGAUGCAUUUCGUCCACCGACAUCCUGCGGUAUUUGUCGCAAUGUGGAUCACAUCGAACGCAUAUCAAAUAUAACACGUGAAGAAUUCGAAGAAAAAUAUGCUUAUACAAAUCAUCCUGUUAUAAUAACUGAUGCAACGAAAAAUUGGUUGGCAACAGAAAAAUUUAGUUUUAAAUUUUUUAAACGUCUUUAUCGAAUGAAUUCAAGUGCACUUCGAGCCGUUGAGGAACAUUGCCAAUUUUUUCCCUAUAAAAAUAAACAUGAAUUUGAAACAUUAGGAGAUGUUUUUGAUAUGGACCCAGAACGAGCCUAUAUGAUCGAUGACGAUUAUCAGCCGUGGUAUGUUGGUUGGAGUAAUUGUGAUUAUUCAACUGCUUAUCUUCUUCGGCAAUAUUAUUCAAGGCCCUAUUUUUUACCCGAACAAUCAGAAUCCAGUAAACUUGAUUGGAUUUUUAUGGGCACGCCGGGAUUAGGUGCACAUAUGCAUAUUGAUAAUGUAGAUCUACCAUCAUGGCAAGCACAAAUACGAGGACGAAAACAAUGGACUCUUCGACCUGUACCGGAAUGUUUAUUUUCUUGUAAAGAAUUUAAUUUUAUUGUUGAACCAGGAGAAAUUAUUGUACUCAAUACAAAUGUAUGGUAUCAUAAAACAUUUGUUAUUAGCGAAGAUGAAAUAAGUAUUACAAUUGGAUCUGAAUUUGAUUAA